CCCAGACGCAAGGUCAGAAUGCUGCUCUUCUGUCAUGCUCUAGCUGUAGCAGUUGUCCAGAUCUUCAUCUUCUCAGAAAACCGGGCCUUUGCCAAGAACAUCAACUUCUAUAACGUGAGGCCUCCUCUUGACCCUACACCAUUUCCAAACAGCUUCAAGUGUUUUACCUGUGAAAAUGCAGGAGAUAAUUAUAACUGCAAUCGAUGGGCAGAAGACAAGUGGUGUCCACAAAACACACAGUACUGUUUGACAGUUCAUCACUUUACCAGUCAUGGAAGAAGUACAUCCAUCACCAAAAAGUGCGCCUCCAGAAGUGAAUGUCAUUCAGUUGGCUGCCACCACAGCCGAGAUUCUGAACAUACAGAGUGUAGGUCGUGCUGUGAAGGAAUGAUCUGCAAUGUGGAAUUACCCACCAACCACACUAACGCGGUCUUCGCCGUAAUGCACGCUCAGAGAACGUCUGGGAGCAGUGCCCACACGCUCUGCCUGCCAGCGCUUGCCUGGGUUUUCAUGCUUCCGUUGAUAUGAUGCCGCCAUUCCUAGGAGAGGCAGAGCCCAGCCCUCUGACGCACAAACUAAAAACUGUGUAAACAGCGAACUUUUGAAUGAAGAGCAAUCUUGCAAUUGGUGAAGAGUACACAUUGGACUCAAAGCAGAAGACAGUUGUUUGCUUGGUUAAAACGCUCUUGCAUGAGGCCAUGGGAUUCAGGAAGGGAAUUUGGCCCGGACUGAGGGCAUUUUCUGGCUUCCAGGCUUCCUGGUCAAAGAGGCUGCAUUUUGUCACUUUUGCAGGAAGGAUCCUGCCAGCACCCACAAUGGACAGGCUUUAGUAGCCUAUGUUGUCCCCACCUGACCAGGCCUUCGGCUGAAAGGACUCCUUGACCUCACUGACUCUUUCAGAAGCUGCUGGGUCAGAUCUCUUUCUGUGAUUAGCUCAGAGUGUCUCUGGGAAGUCUCACCCUUCCCCCGAUGAAAAAGCAAUGUGUGCUAAUUGUGUGUGUGUGGAGGAGAAUAAAGCUUUUAAAUUAUGAGAGUAAAAUGCAUGCUUGGGUGUUGCCUGACUGACAUGAAGAUCUCAGAUGAAACACAUUUACCAGUGUCAUAAAGGAGGUCACUGAAGUUAUGCUUUACACACACCCUGGGGGAUAUUUUCUGGCUUAAACUAUAAAACUUCAUGCCAAAGUGACUUCGUAUUUUCUUUUUGGGGAAGUACACUUCUUAGGAUGCUAAAUGCAAAGUAUGUGAAUUUAGAAGGUCAGGAAACCUCCCUGAUGAAGGACGAUGAUACCUUACCACACGAUGAACCCUCAGGAGUAGCAGAUUAAAGUCAGAGAACCUAGCAAGACGGUCCCUCUUCCCCUUCCCCGCAGUCAGCUUCUCUCUGGCAGGGCCACCAAGAAAACUUUCUAAAAACAUCCUAAAACAUUGUGUCCCCAUAUCUCCUUCUUUUUCCCAUUUUGAACAGUCUCAGAAUUUAAAAUAAGCACCUUCUUUUUAUUCCUAGAAUCUUGAUUUCCUGCCUUUACACUUCGGGGUGAUCAUUAAACACUCUGCCCUUGUAUGCAUAGUGAUGAGUUAAUGGAGUCUUGGUGUUUUAUUGAACAUCCACCGUUAGGACACCCAGUGCUCCAUAGUAUCCAUUAAUGAUACUAUGCUUGCCAUGCACACUCACCUAUGGUGAGGGUUGGUAAAUUAUGGCCCAUGGGCCAAAUAUGCCUCACUGUUCUUAGUCUGCUAGACUGCUGUAACAAAUAUACUUUUAAUUAAAUGACUGAAACAAAAACAUUUCAUUCUCACAGUUCUAGGUGCUAGAAAGUCCAAGAUCAAGGUGCCAGCAGAUUGUAUCUGAUGAGGGCCCUCAUCGUGGUUUGUAGAACACCAUCUAUUUGUAUGAUCUAAGGGCAGAAAGCAGGGAGAGAGCUCCAUUCCCUGCAUUCCCUUAUGAGGGCACUAAUCCAUUCAUGAGGGCUCUACGUUCAUGACCUAAUUAUCUCUCAAAGGUCCCACAUCCAAAUACCAUCACAUUAGGUAUUCAACAUAUGAAUUGGGGUGGAGGGCACAAACAUUUAGUCCAUAUCAACUACCUAUUUUUGUGAAUAAAGUUUUAUUGGAACACAGCCAUGUCUUUUCACUUCCAUAUUGUCUAGGGCUGCUUUCAUGCUACAACAGGAAGGAUGACUAGAUAGAUGCAGCAGAGUGUGUCUGGCCGACUAAGUCUAGAAGAUGUACUGCCUUGUCCUUUACAGGAAAAGCACCGACCUCUAACCUGUGAAAUGGUAAAACCGCAUUGGGAGAAAGCUGCUUGCUUUGCAGGGCCUGUGAUGCUCAUGGUGGUUACUCAGCCUGGGAAGGGCUUGCCCGAUCACUUUGCUUAUUUUCUCUGUCUUCUGCAUCAGUGCAUUUUUCUUCUCUGUUUUGUUUGUCCCACUCAUGUGAUUCAGUCUCUUAGUAGUAAUGUGCUGAUGUCAGGGGCUGGGCCGUGUGCUUGUUUUUUCUUCUCUUUGAUGCAAUGGGAGGGUCUCAACUUAAGGCUCUUCAGCCUCCAAUAAAACAGGGAGGAGGCAGACAUCAUUAUCUCCCUGCUUAUGGUUGAAGAGUAGACUCACCUGGAAGCGUCGUUUUGAAGCCUGAUACAGAUUUAUCCGCCUCUCACUCAGCACCUUGAAGUA